GCGAAGCAGUCCCGGGCUGACGAAUUCAGGAGCCGGUGGUCUCAGGAUUCCAGCCAGAGGCUCCCCCACGCCCCCCACGAAGCGCCUGCCCCUGUACCUGGGGUGAUGACGCCCGUUUUCCAGGCCAAGCCGUGUGGACAGGUCCCCAGGGCAGCAUGGCGGAUCCGGGCGAAGGCCCCCGCGGGGCUCCAGGGGAGGCGGCCGAGUCCCCUGGGGAUGAGAGUGGGCCCCCCAGCGGGGAGGCCUUCCCCCUGUCGUCGCUGGCCAACCUGUUCGAGGGGGAAGACGGCUCCCCGUCGCCCUCCCUGGCUGAUGGUGGUCGCUCCACCGGCCCAGGCGACGGGCGACCAAACCUGCGCAUGAAGUUCCAGGGCGCCUUCCGCAAGGGGGUGCCCAACCCCAUCGACCUGCUGGAGUCCACCCUGUACGAGUCCUCAGUGGUGCCCGGGCCCAAGAAGGCGCCCAUGGACUCGCUCUUUGACUACGGCACCUAUCGUCACCACCCCAGUGACAACAAGCGGUGGAGGAGGAAGGUCCUAGAGAAGCAGCCACAGAGCCCCAAAGCUCCCGCACCCCAGCCGCCUCCUAUCCUCAAAGUCUUCAACCGGCCUAUCCUCUUUGACAUCGUGUCCCGGGGCUCCACCGCUGACCUGGAUGGGCUGCUCCCCUUCUUGCUGACCCACAAGAAGCGCCUCACGGAUGAGGAGUUCCGGGAGCCGUCCACCGGGAAGACCUGCCUGCCCAAGGCCCUGCUGAAUCUGAGCAACGGCCGCAACGACACCAUCCCCGUGCUCCUGGACAUCGCCGAGCGCACGGGCAACAUGCGGGAAUUCAUCAACUCGCCCUUCCGAGACAUCUACUACCGAGGCCAGACCGCCCUGCACAUCGCCAUCGAACGCCGCUGCAAACACUACGUGGAGCUGCUGGUGGCCCAAGGAGCCGACGUCCAUGCCCAGGCACGAGGCCGCUUCUUCCAGCCCAAGGACGAGGGCGGCUACUUCUACUUCGGGGAGCUGCCCCUGUCGCUGGCUGCCUGCACCAACCAGCCCCACAUCGUCAACUACCUGACGGAGAACCCGCACAAGAAGGCGGACAUGCGGCGCCAGGACUCCCGCGGCAACACGGUGCUGCACGCGCUGGUGGCCAUCGCCGACAACACCCGCGAGAACACCAAGUUCGUCACCAAGAUGUAUGACCUGCUGCUGCUCAAGUGUGCCCGCCUCUUCCCCGACAGCAACCUGGAGGCCGUGCUCAAUAACGACGGCCUCUCGCCCCUCAUGAUGGCCGCCAAGACGGGCAAGAUUGGGAUCUUCCAACACAUCAUCCGUCGGGAGGUGACAGAUGAGGACACCAGGCACCUGUCGCGCAAGUUCAAGGACUGGGCCUAUGGGCCGGUGUACUCCUCGCUCUAUGACCUCUCCUCUCUGGACACGUGUGGGGAGGAGACCUCCGUGCUGGAGAUCCUGGUGUACAACAGCAAGAUAGAGAACCGCCAUGAGAUGCUGGCCGUGGAGCCCAUCAACGAACUCCUGCGGGACAAGUGGCGGAAGUUCGGGGCCGUCUCCUUCUACAUCAACGUGGUCUCCUAUCUGUGUGCCAUGGUCAUCUUUACCCUCACUGCCUACUACCAGCCUCUUGAGGGCACUCCGCCAUACCCUUACCGCACCACGGUGGACUACCUGAGGCUGGCCGGCGAGAUCAUCACGCUGUUCACUGGGAUCCUGUUCUUCUUCACCAACAUCAAAGACUUGUUCAUGAAGAAAUGCCCUGGAGUGAACUCUCUCUUCAUUGACGGCUCCUUCCAGCUACUCUACUUCAUCUACUCCGUGCUGGUGAUUGUCUCAGCGGCCCUCUACCUGGCGGGGAUCGAGGCGUACCUGGCCGUCAUGGUCUUUGCCUUGGUCCUGGGCUGGAUGAACGCCCUUUACUUCACCCGCGGGCUGAAGCUGACAGGGACCUAUAGCAUCAUGAUCCAGAAGAUCCUCUUCAAAGACCUUUUCCGCUUCCUGCUGGUCUACUUGCUGUUCAUGAUUGGCUAUGCGUCAGCCCUGGUCUCGCUCCUGAACCCGUGUGCCAACUUGAAGGUGUGCGACGAGGACCACGCCAACUGCACGGUGCCCACCUACCCCUCGUGCCGCGACAGCGAGACCUUCAGCACCUUCCUCCUGGACCUCUUCAAGCUCACCAUUGGCAUGGGCGACCUGGAGAUGCUGAGCAGCACCAAGUACCCCGUGGUCUUCAUCAUCCUGCUGGUCACGUACAUCAUCCUCACGUUCGUGCUGCUCCUUAACAUGCUCAUCGCCCUCAUGGGGGAGACGGUGGGCCAGGUGUCCAAGGAGAGCAAGCACAUCUGGAAGCUGCAGUGGGCCACCACCAUCCUGGACAUCGAGCGCUCCUUCCCCGUGUUCCUGAGGAAGGCCUUCCGCUCCGGGGAGAUGGUGACCGUGGGCAAGAGCUCGGACGGCACUCCAGACCGCAGGUGGUGCUUCAGGGUGGACGAGGUGAACUGGUCUCACUGGAACCAGAACUUGGGCAUCAUUAACGAGGACCCCGGCAAGAACGAGAGCUACCAGUACUACGGCUUCUCGCACACCGUGGGCCGCCUCCGGAGGGAUCGCUGGUCCUCGGUGGUGCCCCGCGUGGUGGAGCUCAACAAGAACUCCAACCCGGACGAGGUGGUGGUUCCUCUGGACCACGUGGGGAACCCCAGCUGCGACGGCCACCAGCAGAGUUACCCCCCCAAGUGGAGGACUGACGACGCCCCGCUCUAG